AUGGACAAGCUCAUGGACAAAACUACUACUACCAUUGUGGAACAAGUGGCAACCUCCGUCUGCCGGGCUCUCCUUCCAGUCCAAUUGUGCUUGCAAGAUUUGCUGCCGCGCAUGGGUAAUGGAGUCCAGGAUGCUAGCACUCCAAGAAACGACGGGGUCCAAUUCCGUGUUGGGUGUGUUCUUGAUCAGCUCCAUCAAGCACAGACAGAUUUGCAACUAUUUGCCCAAUUUCAAAUUGCUCUCUGCCGUAAUCCAUGCUCCAUGGUAGUUGUGGAAGCUACCAAUGAGUUCUUGGGAGCGCUGGAGGCAUUGGAAAUUAAUGGAAUUGGGCUUGGCAGAGAAGCCUCUGACCAUUAUGCUUGA